UUCAUCGGGCCCUGGCUGAAACUUUCCUGAUGUGCAAAUGUGAUGGCAUUUUGACUCACUGAGCAACAGUAUUCAUGCCUGAAAAUUGGGAAUACAGGGAAAUAAACAGUGGAGGGAUGUUGUGAAUGGGUCCCAAGGGGGUUUCAAACUUUUCCCAGCAGCUUCUGACAUUCUCCUUCAUGACAGUUUAGGAUCUUCCCCUGCAACAAGAGCUGGUGGUGGUCUAUAUUUGUCGCUUUUGCUCAUCGCUGCUGACAUCCCUCGCAGAAAGAAGCGGCUGUCUCGUGUUACAGCAAAAAGUCCGCAGUCGCCCAUCUAGAAACCUGGCAGAGAAUUGCCUUCGUAUGAAAAUCAAGACUUGUCAGGAGAGACAAAUGUGAAGUUUACUGCUAUCUGGGCACCAGAAGAAAUUGUGGAAUCUUUACACAGAAGGAUAGAUUGGCAUCCCGCCUUCUCGCUCCUGCAAUGGACACGGGAUCAAAAGAGAACGAGGCGGAGCCCCCCAGAUUCUACCACUUGGAGCUUUAUGACUCAGCUGAAGACCUGGAGCUCUUUUCGGAAGAGCCCUUCCGGAGGCGAGAUCUGGGCUUGUGCGAAACCAGUAAGACUCAAGGCACAGAGGAGCAAAGGUUGCCUUCCGUGGGCAACGCAAGAGAGAGCGACAAAGGGGAAGAUACAUACUGCAUUACGUGCUGCGUCCCGAUCAGAGCCGAUGGUCAGCAGAGUGGCGACCACAGUGAGCACGAGGUCAUUCCUCUUAGCAGCGUGGUGGAAAUUGCAAAGGAUGAGUUUCGGAAAAACGUAUGCAGACUGGAAGAUCAGAUCACUCACCUGGAGAGCUUUUCUAGCCACUUGGAGGAAAUUUUUAUCACCAUCGAGGAGAAUUUUGCUAGGCAGGAGCAGAACUUGGAGAGGGGCUACAAUGAUCUCAUGUUGACCCUCGAGCAAAGGUAUGAGGAAGUCAUGCAGGCUUUGGGGGAAGAGAAGAAGGAGAAGCUGGAAGGAUUGUAUGAGCAGCUGGUCAGCUGUGGAGGCAACCUGGACACAUGUAAAGACCUGAUGGAAACCAUUGAGGAUCUCAGCCAAGGUGAAAAUAAAGUGAAUGCAAUCAAG